AUGUCCACACAUCCACACGAAGCCCUUCUAGGCAAUGAUGGCGUUCACGCUCCCGAAUCCGCAGAGCUUCACGAAUUACAGACAGCACCGAUCUUGACGAGUGACGCGUUAGAGUACCUAGGAUCGCGCUCCAUACCGCAAACUGCUGUAUAUGGUCGCCUGCUUUCUCAGCGCGCGACCGGUCUUCCCAUCCUCCCCGACACGAGCCGCGUAUACAUCAACACCGACACUCCCUUCAGCGCUCUUGUAUGUGGAGUUCAGGGCUCGGGAAAAAGUCACUCUACAUCCGUUCUUUUGGAAAGCUGCUUGAUCACGGAUAAGCGUCUCGGUACACUGCCUGAACCGCUUAGCGCCCUUGUCUUCCACUUCGACACGGCAGCUGGAGGUGGCCUUGUUCAGCCAUGCGAGGCGGCGUAUCUGGCUGCCCUUCACGCCACACGCGGAGGCGUCGCGCGGGCGCCUCCGGUGAAGGUACUUGUGCUUCCAAACAGCUUGAACUCGAUGCAAAGAGUAUACGCCGGGCUUCCCGGAGUGUCCGUCGAGGCAUUGCGCUUCAGCUCUGCAGACGUCAAUGCCGGUCGACUGCUCAGCAUGAUGAAAGUGGAUGAGGGUGGACAACCACCGUUAUAUAUUGAAUCCAUCCUCACGCUUCUAAGAUCUAUGGAAGAGUUCGACUACACUACCUUCCGCCAACUCUUAGAACAACAGGAGUUUAGCUCCUCUCAGAGAUCCAUGCUUAACCUUCGCCUGGCUCUGUUGGACUCGUGCCUUGAGGGCGGUAACCACCAGAAUCGUGUGGCCAGCCAUGUUGUGCAAGGUCAACUGACGAUCAUAGAUUUGUCGUCACCGUUCAUGGACGGGACAUCGGCAUGCGGAUUCUUCGACCUGAUCCUCGGACUGUUCAUGGAAUCGGACUGCGCAACUGGAAAGGUCGUCGUGCUUGACGAGGCGCAUAAGUAUCUUUCAGAAACGUCAUCGCGCUUGACAGAAUCGCUUCUGACCGUCAUCCGGCAACAGCGGCAUCUGGGGACCCGGGUAGUUAUCUCGACGCAGGAGCCAACUGUCGUCCCUCCGAAGUUCCUCGAUCUUUGUUCAAUCGUGAUAGCCCAUCGUUUCCAAUCGCCCGCAUGGUUGAAAGACAUGCUCGGACACGUCGCCGCUUCGGAUUCUGACCGUGAGAUGAUAAGCGAAACGAUUCUCGGCUUGCGCACGGGCGAAUGCGUGAUGAUAGCGCCCUCCGGUGUUGCAAAGAGAGAUUCGCCUGUCCAGUUCAAUGGCUCAAAGUCUCUAGUGGGGCCGAUCGGCAAAGGCUACCUCGUCGUGCGCUCGCGCCUGCGCAUCACGCGUGACGGUGGCCACUCCUUGCUCGCGUCACGAUCAGUGGACCGAGUGGACCGAGUGGUACCUGAGCCAGUACCCAUAGUACCUCAGAUCAGCCAGCCAGUCGCACAACCAGCCAUAGUACCAGAAGACGUAUGGAACGCACCGGACGACGCGUGGACUACAGCCCAAGCCACUUCAUGGGAUGAGGAUCCGGUCGAUGAAUGGGCAGCCGCCGCAGAAGCAUCCCAGACCAAGAAGCGCCCAGAGUCUGCCAAACCGAAGGUCGCCCCAGCACUUAAGCCCAGUCUACCCACACCAAGCCCUUCCACGUCUCAAAGCACACUUCCGGGCCCGUCCGGUGCGCCAUCGAGCGAAAAGGCCGUCGGUACACUCAUCGCCUUCCUCGACAAAGAGCGCGGGAAUGGGAAUCGCGUGACAUGGGGCAAGGCGAAGAAGCACCUGUACGAGAAACAGAUGUUGAAGGGCGGAGCAGGCAAACCUGCGGCGAACGCGAAGGCCAUCUUCCUGGACGCGAAGCAGGCGGGUCUACUGAAGAUCACUCAGGACGGGACCGAGACGUAUCUUGAACUCCUCUCUUAG